GGGCCCGGGGCGCGCCGGGGCCGGGCGCGCGGGGAGGGGGCGCAGGAAGCGGGCGAGGCCGGGCGCGGGAGGCGGCGGCGGCGGCGGCCCCGGGAGCUGCCGAUCGGCGCCGGGACAAAGGCGCGGCCGCCCGGCGCCCCGAGCAGCCCGAGCCGGGGCGCACAGCCGGGGCGCAGCCCGCGCCCCCCGCCGCGACUGACAUGAUGUUUCCACAAAGCAGGCAUUCGGGCUCGUCGCACCUCCCCCAGCAACUGAAAUUCACCACCUCGGACUCCUGCGACCGCAUCAAAGAUGAGUUUCAGCUGCUGCAGGCUCAGUACCACAGUCUGAAACUCGAAUGUGACAAGCUGGCCAGUGAGAAGUCGGAGAUGCAGCGUCAUUACGUGAUGUACUAUGAGAUGUCCUACGGCUUGAACAUUGAGAUGCACAAGCAGGCUGAAAUCGUCAAGAGGCUGAACGGGAUAUGUGCCCAGGUCCUGCCCUACCUUUCCCAAGAGCACCAGCAGCAGGUCUUGGGAGCCAUUGAGAGGGCUAAGCAGGUCACCGCUCCUGAGCUGAACUCCAUCAUCCGACAGCUUCAAGCCCACCAGCUGUCGCAGCUGCAGGCUCUGGCCCUGCCUCUGACCCCGCUGCCUGUGGGGCUGCAGCCCCCUUCGCUGCCGGCCGUCAGCGCGGGCACCGGCCUCCUCUCGCUGUCUGCGCUGGGCUCCCAGGCCCACCUCUCCAAGGAGGACAAGAACGGGCAUGACGGCGACACCCACCAGGAGGACGACGGCGAGAAGUCAGAUUAGUGGGCGGCUGGGAUGGGGGGGUUGGGGGGGGGGACACCGUGGAGACAGACACGGAGAGAGAGAGGAAGAUUCAGCUUGAGACACAGCAUAGCUCGGGAUUGGCUCAACUCUGGUCUAUGUAUGGGAGCCGCCUGCCGGGGCCCUCGCCCCCGCUUGUGUGCCACCCCCUGGCUUGGCUCCGACCCCCGCCUCCCGGCCUCCCUGCUCCUCCCCUGCAGCCUGAAGGGGUCCAUACCCGCUCCUACCGCAGAUGAGGCAAGCUGAGGCCUGGAGGCGCACGUGGGAGGCCAGGUCCGAAGGGAGCAAAACCUCAAGAGGUCCAACACCCCCCCCCCCCCCCCCGCACUUCCCUGAUUCGCACAUGUGUAAUGGACAGUCUGCCCGCCGGGUCCCCCACCCCCACCCCGGGGCACCCUGGCACCUCGCACCCUGGCACCGCAUGCAAACACAAUGCUAGCUGCCCCUCCUCCCCCGCCCUGGGCGCCUGGCGUCUCCCCCACCCACACACCCACCGCUAGUUCCCCACGCCCACGCCUACCUGGUCCUGUCCCCUCCCCUAUGAAAGGAAGAGGGGCCCGGGAGAGCGAGCUUAGCCCGGGGCACAGAGUGGAGCGGGUGACUCAGAAUUCCCUUUCUCCCCUUCCCGAAUAAAGAUGAGGGUACUCAAGUUGUCUUGGUUUUUAUUUUUUAUUUUUUUCCCUUUUUCCAGUAUACUAGCUCGUCUUUUAAGAAAAGGGAUGAUUAAAAAAAAGAAAAAGACAGAAAAAUGUUUUAAAAAAAAAAGCAACACCCACACCUGUGUCUGUAUAUAGCCUUUUAGACUGUCAGCUUUUCUUGUGUUCAGUCGUUUGAUCUCUGCGGAGAGAAGUGGAAAUGCUGUAUCGAGGGUGGGCUUAGCUGUGCCUUUCAAAUAAAGAUGUGAGAAGGUU